AUGUGGUCCAGGCUCAGCGGCCUCAGGCGCCGCUGGCGCUUCACUUGCAACGCAACCACCCAUGCAGCCUCCGCCGCCUCCGCAGCUUCAUCCGUCACCGUCCCCAACCUCCUCGUCGCAGCAGCAGCCCUCAUCUGUGUCGGCGCCCCAGUUGCUCUCCCCGUCGAUGGCGCCGUCAGUGUCGUCCGGCCUGAGCUGCGCGCCACCACUGUCGCCGACAUGGGCGUCUCUUCUGGCACCCCAGCCACCGCCGCCCCCGUCCACGCCGUCCCCGGCGGCUCCCCUGCCGCCGACUGCCGCGGGAGUGGCGAUACCUCUGCCUCCGCCGACCCCAGUCGUGCAGCCUCCGUCGUUGCCUCCUUCUCAACCUCCGUCUGCGCCGUGCUCGGACCCUCCCAGAUCUCCCUCGCAUCGGACAGACUGGAACGAACCAUACCUGCUCGUCCCGACUCGACUGGUCCACGUAUCACAGACGACCUAUAA